UUUUCCCCUCUCUUCCUUCCACCUUUUUGCACCUUCUCUUGCUUGCACCACCACCUCCAUGUCUCUUUUCUCAAGUUUUCUUUUAUUCUCUCUUCACUCUUUCUAGCUCAAACAAUUAUUCACUGUUCUAUGUGGCAAUAAUAUGGCUAUUUCAUAAACAUAUUUGACCAGUUAAUUGAUGUGGAGCUCACGUGGGACCUACAUCAAUGAAUGGUCCAGAUCUGUUUGUAACAUUGUCACAUGUAACCUGGAAUAAUUUUCUCUCCUCUCUCUCUCUCUCUAAGCUGUUAGUCAUGAAGAUAUAUUUUAAAAAUACCAUGGAGGAUACAAAGUCCUCAACUUUUCAACAAGGUAAUGAUGUUCCUCUUGUUUGAGAUAUAUAUUGGAUUGUCUUUCUUUGUUUGAAAGAGAAGUAAAAGCCAAACAUAGAUUUGAAAAAUAGUCCAAAGAAAGAGAUGAAGCAGAAGCAGAAGCAGAAGCAGAAAUAGCAGAAGCAGAAUACAACAACAAAAGAAGAAGAAGGCUUGAAGUUUGGAGAAAGAGAAUGGGUACAAGGAUUGUUCAUUGUCUUAUCCUCUUGGGCGUUUUUCUUUGUUCAGGUUCAAUUUCCACCACCCAAGCAGAUAUUACCACUCCUCUACCAACCGUCCCUACAACAAAUCCCUCUACUCCAACAAUAACCACUAAUCCUCCUCCUGUUAUUAACCCGGCAGUUUCAAACCCAGACUCACCAGCUAUCACCAAUCCAGCCAUGACACCGACCACAACAUCAUCAUCCCCGGUAUCUUCAAGUGGAAGCUGGUGUGUUGCAAGCCAAUCUGCGUCACAAACUGCAUUACAGGUUGCUUUAGACUAUGCCUGUGGGUACGGUGGCGCUGACUGUUCAGCAAUUCAGCCCGGUGGCAGAUGUUACAACCCGGAUACGCCACACAGCCACGCUUCUUACGCAUUCAAUAGCUACUAUCAGAAAAAUCCAGUCCCUAAUAGCUGUAAUUUUGGUGGCACUGCUGUUAUUACUAGCACUGACCCAAGUAAUGGGACAUGUCAAUAUCCAUCAACAAGCACGAGUUCAUCGGUUUUAAACACAACAAAUUCAAGCGGAUCAACAGUUUUUGGCGGAGGACCUUCGAACCCCACAGGUUCAUCAGCCACCGCGCCAAGAAGUCCAUAUUUCUUCAUUUCAGCAUGUCUCAUGAUCACCAUGGUGCUAGCCAAAAAUCACUUAUAAAAUCAUAUGGAAAACUACAAUCACACACUUUUUUCUUCAAGAUGGGUUGGCAAUUAGCUUGGUUGCUGACAAGUUGGCUUUUUUUACUAGACCAACGAAGGUAUAGAUGUCAAAAUGAUGAUUUAAGUAGGGGACAUAAAUAUGAAGGCUUUAGUUUUAAAUUGAUGGUGAUUUCAAAACAUGUUUUGUAAAUGAUAUAGAUGUGAGAGAGGAUGAGAAAGAGAUUGAGAUUUUUUUUCUUUGCUUUCUUUUUUUUUGGUUUUGUAGAAAUAUAGUUCACCUUUGUUUAUUUGUAAUCCAAGAACAAUAAUAUGAUUUUUGGGACAAGCCCAUGAGGUUUUUGAGAUUGUUUUUGUGAAGGAUA